UAGUCGCGGUGCAUUGUGGGGAGGUUGUGGUCCUCCAGCAGCUCGGUUCGGAAUAAUGUCUGCCUCGGAGGCAGCGGACGUUUCUUCCCCGGGUUUGUGCCCGAGCUUUGCCGUGAUCUGCUCGUUUUUGGAGCGGUAUGGACCUCUGCUGGACUUACCGGAGGUGUCGUUCCCGAUGCUCGAGCGCAGUCUGCAGGAGAGCAGCGCGGUUCCUAAGCUCCUUGUUGACCUUCACGUAAAAUUACUGAGGAAAAUCGGCAAGUCUGUAUCUGCAGACAGAUGGGAAAAGUAUCUCAUUAAACUCUGUCAGGAGUUUAACACCACAUGGGCAUGGGAGUUGGAAAAGAAGGGUUAUGGAGAGAUGACAUUGGAAUCUAAGAUAGGCAUACUGAAGUACUUGUGUGAAUGUCAGUUUGACGACAAUGUGAAGUUCAAAAAUGCUAUUAAUGAAGAGGACCCAGAUAAAAUGCGUCUUCAGCCUAUCGGCAGAGACAAAGAUGGCCUCAUGUACUGGUUUCAAUUGGACCAAGACCACAAUGUGAGGAUCUAUGUGGAAGAACAGGAUGAUCUGGAUGGAUCGUCCUGGAAGUGUAUAGUAAGAAAUAGAGACGAUCUGGCUCAGAUUCUCGGACUUCUGAAGACUCAGAUUGAUCCAGCGUUAUUGGUGAAGAAAGAUCAGGAGGAGGGGCCAUCCAGGAACAGUCUGAGUCCAGAUGAUGAGGAGAACAAGAAGAAGGAGAUUGAAGAAAUCGAAGAUGAGAAAACAAAAGACACAACGUGUCUUGAUCCAUCAGAAAAUAAGGAAAACAUAUCGGAGAAAAAAGAGGUGAAGGAAGAGGUCACACAGGCCACGGAGGCUUCAUCAGAAAAGGACACUAACGUGAAGGAAGAGCUGCAGAAACAUUCAGAGACGCCAAAUGGCACUGGCGUUAUUACUGGACUAAUUAAAGAAGAGCCACUGGAUGAGGAGCCGAAAGUCAAAGACCCAUCAACAACUACACAGAAUGCAGAACAGACAGAGGAGAUGAAGAGAAAAGUUGCAGUAGAAACUCAAAGAGCCCUAAAAAACGACCACCAAGCUAAAAUCCCUUUAAAAAAGCGUGAGAUGAAAUUAAGUGAAGACUUUGACUGCAGCACUGUGCGGAAUACACCUGUUGCUCCUGUAAAGGAAUCACAGAUGCAUAAUGAUGAUAGCAGAUUAAGUGACGAUAAGAUCAACGGCCAUGUUCCCAACCCAAAAGAAAAAGAGAGCGAAAAACAGAAAGGUUCAGAAAAUCUUCAGAAGGAAACGACCGAUAAGAAUUCUGAAAAUCUGCUUUGUGAAUCCGUAAAGGAGAACAAGGAAGAUCUGAUGGAGGAAAAUAUGAACACCAGUGAAACCAGAUUUUGUUCUGAUGAACAGAUGGAAGUGGAGAAACCUGAUGAAUCCUGUCCCUCUGUCAUAGAGGAAGAGAAAGAAAAAUCAGAAGCUUCACAUGCAAAGAUCCCCGUUGAACAAGAAACAUCAGCAUCAUUGUCAGAAAAGACAGCUAGUGUUGAAGUUAUAACUAAAAAUAAAAACAUUCCCAAUAGGUUAAGUGCUGCCGAUUUGGAUGCUUCACAACUUGCAAGAGAACAGCAAAAGAACGAUUUCUCAAAAGAAGAACCACAGAAAGAUUUGACACACGAUUUAAAGAAAGAUCUAUCAAAAGAAGAUGAGCCCAAGAAAGAUCUCCCACAAGAAGAAGAGCCCAAGAAAGAUCUCCCACAAGAAGAGCCCAAGAAAGAUCUCCCACAAGAAGAGCCCAAGAAAGAUCUCCCACAAGAAGAGCCCAAGAAAGAUCUCCAACAAGACGAGGCCAAGAAAGAUCUCCCACAAGAAGAGCCCAAGAAAGAUCUCCCACAAGAAGAGCCCAAGGAAGAUCUCCAACAAGAUGAGGCCAAGAAAGAUCUCCCACAAGAAGAGGCCAAGAAAGAUCUCCCACAAGAAGAGGCCAAGACAGAUCUCCCACAAGAAGAGGCCAAGAAAGAUCUCCCACAAGAAGAGGCCAAGAAAGAUCUCCCACAAGAAGAGGCCAAGAAAGAUAUCCCACUUGCAGAGCCCAAGAAAGAUAUCCCACUUGCAGAGCCAAAGAAAGAUAUCCCACUUGCAGAGCCAAAGAAAGAUAUCCCACAAGAAGAGCCCAAGAAAGAUCUCCCACAAAAAGAGCCCAAGAAAGCUCUCACACAAGAAGAGCCAAAGAAAGCUCUCUCACAAGAAGACCCCAAGAAAGAUCUCCAACAAGAAGAGCCCAAGAAAGAUCUCCCACAAGAAGAGCCCAAGAAAGAUCUCCCACAAGAAGAACCCAAGAAAGCUCUCCCACAAGAAGAGCCCAAGAAAGCUCUCCCUCAAGAAGAGCCCAAGAAAGCUCUCCCUCAAGAAGAGCCCAAGAAGGAUCUCUCACAAGAAAAGCCCAAGAAGGAUCGCUCACAAGAAGUGCCGAAGAAGGAUCGCUCACAAGAAGUGCCGAAGAAGGAUCUCUCACAAGAAGAGCCGAAGAAGGAUCUCUCACAAGAAGAGCCGAAGAAGGAUCUCUCACAAGAAGAGCCGAAGAAGGAUCUCUCACAAGAAGAGCCGAAGAAGGAUCUCCCAGAAGAAAAGCCCAAGAAAGCUCUCCCACAAGAAAAGCCCAAAAAGGAUCUCCCACAAGAAAAGCCCAAGAAGUAUCUCUCACAAGAAAAGCCGAAAAAAGAUCUCUCACAAGAGGAAGAGCCCAAGAAACAUCCUGCACAAAAGGAACCCAAGAAAGAUCUCCCACAAGAGGAACCUGAAAAAGAUCUUUCACACGGAAGUCCAAAACCACCCAAAGACAACAAUGAAUCCAAUGAAGACCCUAAAAUUCUAAAUCCAUCAGAACAGACAACAAAUGUGUCCAAAGAUAGUCUACAAUCUAUCACUGUAAUGGAGACCGAACAGUCCAAGCUCUCUAAAAUAGAGAAUACCUUUACCCAUGAAAAAAUAAAAACACAUUUUCACACAGAAGAAUCACCAAACCCAUCAAAUCUUGGAGAGAGUCAAGUAAAAUGCAGUCAAGAAGAAAUAAAACCUCACCACAUCACCACGGAAAAAGAAUCAGAACCUGAAACAGCUACUGUUGUCUCAAACUCUGAAGUUCUGUCUGAAGGAGACAAGCUGUCAACUGAUGUUCCCUGCAAACCUUCUGAAGGGCCUCAAGACAAAACAGGUGAGCAGUCCGCCUACCCUCGAUCGGCUUCUUCUGCUGAGGUUGAAAAUGCAUCUGUUUGUGAUUCAACCAAGAAGAAAAACACAGAGAAAGGGAGAUUUGAGGAAAAAUGUGAUACAGCUGCGACAGAAGCAGAAACGUCUGAAACUACGAAAGAUAAAGGUGAGGAAGAACUUUUAGGUGAAGUCAGUGAAGACGCAAAUAAAGCUAUAGAGUCAAAAGCUGAAGGAAAUCGGAACACCGAUCACCCAAUGGACGUCAGUUCAGAGAUCGUUAAACCUGAUGACAUUCAAGGAUCUGAAACCAAAACAAAAGAGAAAAAGGAAUCUGAUGUUCCUCCAGAUAAUAAAACGGUCCCAAACAUACAAUGCGAGGAUGACAAAACCAGAGGUUCAACAGAAGAAUCUAAAACAAGGGAUGUUCACGAUAAGGUUAAACUAGGAGAGGAACAAGAAGAGACGAGUUAUGCGUCUUCACAAACGCAACAAGCUAAAAGACGAAAGAAGACCAGGAUCCCAGCUCACAGACGAAAAGUGGAACUCCAUAGAGAGGAAGCAAGGGGGGAUUCAGAGUCAGAGACUACCGAUGGGAGAUGCUUGAGGAGAUCUCCGAGGAUCUGUAGACCUACCGCUAAACUGGUGGAGAUCCAAGACAGGAGGGCAGAGAGGAAGCCGAUGACUCCGGCGUCAGAGAAGGAUAAAGAGGAAGAGGAGGAAGAGGAGGAGCCUGUGCAGAAGAAACCGAGGAAAGUGGAGACAGAUGGCCAAACAAAACCAAAGGGUGGGAGGCGUCGAAGACGGACACAAUGGUCUCGCAUGAGGCGUAAAAAGAAGGGUUCGGAAGACGAUGAAGACACCGUCGAGGAGAGUGUAAGCGAGGAAGAGGAGACGGAGGAGGACGACAGUGAUGAAGAUUACAGGGUGGAGAAGACCAUGAAGAGAAGGAGGAACCGAAACCGAGAGCGGCGCAGCUCCGACUCUUCUACCUCCUCAUCAGAGGGUGAACCCAACGAUGACCCUUGCAAACACUGUGGCCUUCCCAAUCAUCCCGAACUGAUACUCCUGUGUGAUUCCUGUGACAGCGGCUACCAUACUGCCUGCCUGCGACCUCCGCUCAUGAUCAUUCCAGACGGGGAAUGGUUCUGUCCCCCCUGCCAGCAUAAGCAGCUUUGCGACCGGCUUGACGAACAGUUGCAGAACUUAGAUGCCGCUUUGAAAAAGAAAGAACGUGCAGAGCGAAGGAAAGAGCGGCUUGUGUACGUUGGCAUUAGCAUGGAGAACAUCAUUACACCCACUGUGGAGGUGGAGGAAGAAAAAGAGGUGGAUAUAGUGAAAGAGAAGGAGAAAAAGGAAAUAAAAAAGAGCAAAAGUUGGGGGCGAAGGUCAACCAGGGCCAAAAAAUGCAUAAGCUACAGGUUUGAUGAAUUUGAUGAAGCAAUCGAAGAGGCAAUUGAGGAAGACAUCAAAGAAGCUGAGGGAGGAGGAGCCGGACGGGGGAAGGACAUGGCAAACAUCACCGGUCACAGAGGAAAAGACAUGUUCACCAUCCUGCAAGAGGAGGGGAAGGAGAACGGCCAGCCGCGGCAACCAAGCGCAAAUCAGAAGAGAAAGAAACGACGGCGUCUCAACGAUCUGGACAGCGACAGCACAGUGGAUGAGGAGGAGAGUGAGGAUGAGUUCCGUCUUACUGACAGCUCGGAGGAAGAAUUUGUGGUGUCCAAUAAUGAUGCAGAGAGCGAAGCAGAAGUUCAGUCCAAAGAAGAAAGCGAUUUUGGGAGUGAAGGUGACAACCCGCGGAUACGACCUUCAAAAAGGCAGGCCAGCCGUGGGCGAAGGAGACUGCCGCCACGCAGGAGACGCAGACCCAGAGGAUACUCCGAUGAUGAGGAGCUGGAAACUGAUGAGGAGGAGGAAGAGGAAGAAAUUGGGACGGAAGGCUCUAGUGAAUUCAGUGACAGUGAUCUGGACGUCCGCUGCCGCCGCUCCCACAGAAGCCGUAAGCAGCAGGUGAAUUACUGUGAAAGUUCAGAUUCUGACGCCUCGCAGGGCAGCACCAAGAAAGACAAAAAGAAGCGCAGACGCCUUUCCAGCUCUGACAGUGAAGCUAGUUUCCAGUCCGGGGACUCUGAUGAAGAAGAGAGGAAGCCCAAAAAAAGGAGAGCAGACUCAUCCGAGGAAGAAUCCAGAAAACAGCGCAGACGUCUGUCCCUCAAACGCCGGAGGGAGUCGGAAGAUGAUGACGACGACGAUGAUGAUUCGGACGAAUCCGAGGAAGAGGAUCGUCCUAUACGUAAGCGCGUGAACAGGAUCGAUUCCGAUGACAGCGAGAGUGAGGAGGAGGUGAAGAAGAGCCCGACAGAGAAGGACACAGAGGAGACCGUCGUCAAAGGGCCCAGUCCACUAGACUACAACUUGGUGGAGCUUCCUUCCACGAAUGGACAGAGCCAAAUCAAGGGUUUAGAGGGUCUCGUUUCACGACCUGGAGCGGGGCCGCUGCCUAAAAACAGCAACGCCCCUUCAGCUGUAUCCAUGGCGGCCAAUGGCCUGGAGAUGCCCCCCCAGCAGGAGGAAGAUGAGGAUGACCUUUUGGGCGUUACAGACCUCGUAGACUAUGUCUGCAACAGUGAACAGUUGUAAGACCUUGCAUUCUUUUUUUUUUAAACCUUCGUCCUACGCAUCCACUGUCAGCAUCAUCCAUAUUGUAUGAUCUUGACAUUACUCUCGGAUCCCGAACCGUACACGAUCCCUCUUUAAUGGGCUAACAGACGAGACCAGAGACUGAAUGCUGCAGAGGUCUUGGAUUCUGCCCUCAGUGGCACAUCAUAGCUGUAAAUAUUUUAUUGAGCAAAAGUAUCAAGGAAAGGAGAAAUUCUUUCCGAGAAAAUCCCCUGAGAUAUUCCUUUUCAGUAUCUUUUUCCUUCUUUGGUAAGAGGGAUGUGUCUCAGACACAAAACCCUCUCUGGAAACAACCUCUAAAACCUCUUUUUACACUAACCACAUAGCCAUUCUCAUUAAUAAAUCAGACGUCGGACGUAGAGACUUGUUUUGGUUGAUAUGAGUUUUCACAUUUUGCACAUUUCAGAAAGAAGAAAAUUGGACCCAAAGUGGAUGGACUUUGUAUGCUGGAAGAGGGCGGGGUUAGUGUGGAUGGCCAUCAGACGAAAUAAGCCAAGCCGCAUUUUGAAGUUUCACACAUUGUUUGAUAUUUGCUCAAAAAUGCAAAUGUCUUUCGUUCGAUUCUGAGGCUCUUUUUAAACGUUCAUUUUAAAAUCUGGCUGGAGUGGAAAUCAAAUUUCUACCAAUUGGUUUUAUAGUGUCAUUCGGUGAGAAAGGUUUUUAUUAAAUAAUGUCAUUAUAAGCUUUGUUUUGUUAUAAACUUUAUUAUUACUAAAAUUGUCAUUUGUAAGGUUAUUAUUGCUUGGUCAGACAGCUGCUUUCAUCAUUAAAGCAAAAAAUGUCUAGUGCAAAGCUCAUUUUCUAAUUCGAUUCUUCACUUGUACUCCUAUGAUUUAUGUUUUUCUGAAAUUUUUAUAAUUUUUUGUUUUUUUAGCAUAUCCCCAUUUUUUGUUUAAACACUAUUCAAUCAGGCAGCUUGUUGAUGCUUCAAAUGCCAAAACUUUUACUUACAAAUUUUAACUUACUUUUUUUUACCACUCUGAUGUGCUGUUGGUUUUAUGAGCGAUUCCUCCCUUCGAGAAGAUUAGGGUUGUUCAUCUCAUGACGAUCAAAGGGAUUCAUAAUUUUUUUCACCUGUCCUGUUUGUCUUUUUCAGUGCACUAUAUUAAACCGUGAUUUUGUAUAAAUAUUACCAUUUGAAAUGUUUUGCUUUUUUAAAAUAACUACUAGUUAUGUGUUGACAAUGUUUUUUCGUCACUUUAUAAAGCAAUACAUUUUUCCUAAAGAUACACGAAAGAGAUUCAUCAUGUUCACAAUACAGAAUCAUCUAUUUUUAAGGACGGAUUUCGGUUAUCUGGUUUUCAGCCCCUCUACUGCAGGCACACUGAAAUCUGAAAACGUAUACGAGAAACGUGGUAUAAUCUUGCAUUAUCCUCUUGUGUAUAUCUGUAGUUUUCUGCUGUAACAUAGUUGAAGCAUUUUUAAAUCAUUGAAACUACACAUGGCAGUCCUUCAUGAUUGCAGCUGUUUAUUAUUUGUUUUGUAGGUACAAUUGUACCCUAAGUGAGUUAGGGCAUGUCUUACUGUUGUUUUCAUCAAUACAUUGAGUUGUUGUUUUUGCUUUUAAUGUUUUCAGUCUUGUCCCGUUUUCCUAUGAUUGCUAAAACAUUUCCUAGAGCAUCUGAUGUAAACACCAAGAAACAGUGUAAUUUUUGGGAUGUCAGCGAUCGACAAAAGCUAUGUAAAAAUUGUCUUGUAAAAUAAUGUUUGUCCUUGGCAUGCACAUGCGUUCUAGAUGGAUUUAUUUGCUGUUGCAGCAUUUGGGGAAUCAAGAUUAGAUGACACGAAAUCGGAUUUCUCACAAAUUUAGUGCCACUUUUUUUACAAAUUAAGAUCAGAAUGCAAGUUUGACUGUAGAUACAAACUUAAAGCUCGAAAGCACCGUUAGGUACUAGGCCACAUCUUCUGAUGUGUUUUAUCAGUAUUGGGUAUGAUAAAGAGAAACAAAAAACAAAGGUACAUACACUGAUUUAAAGCUGUGGCCCAGCUUUCAUCAUGAUAUGCUUUAUAUUUGUAUUUCACAAUCUGACAAGGUUUAAUAAUGGAUUCCGGCCCCAGUGUUUUCAGAUAUUUGGCUCGUGUAGAUUGACAGCGGAUGACAGAUGCCAUCUGGUUCUAGCUGUUAGAGAUGUCCUUUGUGUUCGUCUGUUCCUCUUUUGGACUUUUUGUUAACUGUAUUGUAAUUUCUUUCAUAUGAUUUACAAUCUUGUACAUUUGUCAUAAUAAAAAAUGAAAUGAAAUAAAACCUGGGCAUUGACAGUGUAAUGUUUAAAGACAUGUAACUCAUAAAAGAGUCUUGAAAGAUAUA